AUGAGGACACAUCUGGGUGGUUGCUGGCUGGCCAUUGUCUGUGUCCUGCUCUUCAGCCAGGUGUCCUCAGUCAAGGCAAGAGGCAUAAAGCACAGAAUCAAGUGGAGCCGGAAGGCCUUGCCAAGUACCUCGCAGGUCACAGAGGCCCGCACUGCGGAGAUCCGCCCAGGCGCCUUCAUCAAGCAAGGCCAGAAGCUGGACAUCGACUUCGGAGCCGAAGGCAAUAGGUACUAUGAGGCCAACUACAGGCAGUUCCCCGACGGGAUCCAUUACGACGGCUGCUCUGAGGCCAACAUCACCAAGGAGAAGCUUGUCACCAGCUGCAUCAAUGCCACCCAGGCAGCAAACCCGGAGCAGCUGUCCGGCGAGAAGCAAGACAACAAGCUUUACGAGCGGGUCCUGUGGCGGCUGAUCAGGGAGCUCUGCUCCCUCAAGCGCUGCGACUUUUGGUUGGAAAGGGGAGCAGGGCUUCGGGUCACUCUGGACCAGCCCAUGAUGCUCUGCCUGAUGGUUCUCAUUUGGUUUAUUGUGAAAUAA